ACAAAGUCAAAUAUUUUUAGGUUAUAUUUAUCAUAUCGUGUUUAUUGCGGUCUACAUCCUUUUUUGAAUUUUAAAUUCUUUGUUCCUUUGUUCGCGUUGUCAUUAAUUAAAGGAAAAUUAUAAUUGAACACAGUUUAUGUUAGUGUGAAGUUAACCCGUUAGUUAUCCUAAAAUGUCUAUCUUAAUUCAAAAAAGUCGCAUGUUUUACCGCCUGAUACCGCUUAGGAGCUUCAUGCUUGUUCCACAGAAGACGACGACGCUAAGUUCAAGGUUCUUCCUUACAUCAGCUGUCAACAGAAAUGUAUCAACAAAGCAAAAAUCUUCGAGAGGUUCAGAAUGGCAAAUGAUAAUUACUCGAUUUUUACCAGUCGGAAUAUGCUUAGUAGCCGUUAUGCAGUGGAGAGCAUUAAGGAAAAGACAAAAGGAAGGAAUUGCAAGUAAAUGGGAGAUCAACUGUUAUUGUUUACUUCCUUUAAGAACAGUAUCUAGAUGUUGGGGGUAUAUAGCCGAUGUAACACUACCCGAAGUACUGAGGCCUCCCGUUUACAAAAUGUACUCCAACGCAUUCGGUGUUAACAUCGCAGAAGCUGAAAACGAGGAUUUAACGUCUUACCCCAGUCUGGCAGAUUUUUUUGCCAGAUCUCUUAAAAGUGGUGUAAGACAAGUCGACGAGAGUAGCUGUCUUGUAUCGCCAUGUGACGGGACGGUCCUCCAUUUCGGGACUGUUGAUACUGAACAAGUUGAACAGGUAAAAGGAGUAACAUAUUCACUAAAAGACUUUUUUGGUGAGAAUACAGGAAAAGUUCAAAAAUACAAUGGAGACUUUAAGACCUCUUUAUUGCACAAACCACAUGAGGGAAAUGUAUUGUAUCAAUGCGUUAUCUACUUGGCACCUGGAGACUAUCACAGAUUUCAUUCACCAUCAGAAUGGAAACCAACGCACCGCAGACAUUUUUCGGGACAAUUACUUUCUGUGAACCCCAGCAUUGCCAGUUGGUUACCAGGUUUAUUUACUCUCAAUGAGAGAGCCGUUUAUCUUGGACAAUGGAAAUAUGGAUUUUUCUCAUAUACUGCAGUAGGUGCUACAAACGUUGGUACUGUAAAAGUAUACUUUGACAAAACUUUGCAAACGAACAAACCUUUUAAGAAACAAACAAAGGAAGAAGUGUGCCUCGGUAAUUCAAUCGAACUGAAGAGAGGUGACAUAAUGGGAGAAUUCCGAAUGGGCUCAACCAUUGUUUUGAUCUUCGAAGCUCCGAAACAUUUUACAUUCUCUAUUAUGCCAGGAGAAAAGGUUCGAAUGGGACAACGAAUGGGUUGCGUUUUUGAACACCAGCAAAAGUUUGUAGAUAGGUUAACGAAUGAAAAAGUAGAUAUUAGAAGUGUUAGUUAAUUUUAUUUAUUAAUUUUCUCAUAGGUAUUAAAUCAUUGUGAUAUUUUUUAAUAAAACUGAAAUAAACAAA